GCAGGUGAGGAUCACCACAAGGCAGAGUUGCCUAGCGCCGAGCGGCGCGACCGAGUAGGCGUUGACCAGAUCCUGAGAGCCGACAAACAGGCGUUUCUUCGGAUGGCGGAGUUGCUUCCCAAGGGUUUGAAACGUGAUCCUGCAGGCAUUCUUGUUUCAGUGGAGAAUCCCUUUAGGUCGCACUUGUGGGACACCAGCUUCUGGAACAAGUUCACAGUGGAUCUGAACCUGCGCGACAUCAGUGGUCAAAUUUCGGAGAUCCUUGACCAGGGCUUUCACAAGGCUGGUGCGCUGGCAGCUCUCAGGGGCCGUCUGCAGUUCGCAGAAACUCAGAUUGCCGGGCGGCAG